AUGCAUGGGGGAGUCAGCAUCGGCAAGGCGUCUCCAGGUUUGCGGAUAUGGCACUCAGCUUUUUGGUUCAUCAAAUUAUACCCUAGGUCUAUGGAGAAGACAUCAGCCGCAGGGGUGAAUAGAUCUUCAAACCUGCUUAUACGAUGAGUGACUUUCUUAACUUUCAAUGCCUGACACUAUGUUUCGUUCCUGUUCUUCCUCCGUUGUGCAGUAAGAGUUAUAGACGCGGGGCAUUGGAGGGCGUUGGAGGAACUUCUUUGGUGACCAGUCGAGAAGUAGCAAAUACCGCGAGGCCGCCCAUGCCAAUCUAUGACGGCGAUUACGCUCUGAAGGAAACCCCACGAACACCUCCACCCUCUGAAGGCCUUCAGGACGGUGUAAGUCCUUCCUCGCCAUCACCUUCACUGUCAGGUCGCCUCUAGAGUGAAACCCGCCGCUCGAGCUUAAAACUUUCUCCGCUCCGACAGGGCCCACGCCUGCCUUCCUAAACUGCCCUACCGGU